AUGUUAGCACUUCAUCAUCAAGUAACGUGGAUUUCGGAGAAUAUCGAUCUAUGUGGUUUGGCAUAUCCAAAGAAAGAUGAACAUGCUGAAUAUACUGGUAGAUUUAUGAGUAGUGGUCCGAAUAAGUCACCAAUUACAAUAGAAACUACUCGUAUUCAUCCUGACUCUGAUCGUUUCGAUCAAACGAAAGAUUAUAUUGGUUUAAUAUUCUACUUGCGUAAAGGUCAAAGUAUAUAUCAGUUUAAUGAUAAGGAAUAUAAGACUGGCGAUAUUGUAAUCAAAUCAUCAGACAGAGUUUUUAAAGAAACAGAAGGAAAGAAACCGAAAAAACCGAACUAUAUUCAUGGCAGAUUGUUUUAUACGAUUUUUGGUCAUUGGAAACAUAAAAAACACGGAUUUGUUUGUGGUGGAUUUUCAUAUUACGGGAAAAAAAAUCAAAGUAAAAAAUGGAAGUUUAACUCUGGAACAUUGAAUACAAUGAAUCCAAAAAAUAACGAUGAUACUUAUCAUAAUACUGAUAGAACAUUGGACAAUUUUGAAGAAAAAAUUAUACAGAAAGCAAUCACGCAUUUAUAUGAGAAUCAUCAAUGGUUGUCAAAACAUCCUGAAGAUCGCAUACAUUUUAAAACACUGUUAUACCAUGCCGAUCCACCAAAUGUACAUCCUGAUAGAGAACUUCGUGGUACUGUCAAGUCGUUUGAUUCUAAUAGAGGUUAUGGUUUUAUUGAGUGUAUCGGUUUUAAAGAAAAUAUAUUUGUCCAUUAUUCUGAAAUUGUUGGUCAACCUUUUCAACGGCGUUAUUUGAACAAGAACGAUACUGUUCUGUUUAAUAUUAUUCAUACUCAUAAAGGAUGGCAAGCAAAAAAUGUUCGUUCUACUUAA